UGCUGUGCGACCAGCGGUACGGACGUUAAUACUCAGCCCUGCGCGUGUGCGAGAACUUCAGAGUGCUGCGAAUUAUUUUUCCCGCGUUUAUGGCUUUGCACUUUUUUGGACUUUUCGUAUAGGACUUGCACGUCUGUCGUAGUUAAAGAUAGGCUUGCGUUGUGUUUGUAAAGGGGGUGUCACUGUCCGAAGUGGAGCUGAGAGUAAGGUGUGAGGAGAUAAUAAUAAGAAGAAGAAGACAGAGAGGAGAAGAGUGAAGACAGUAGAGCACUGUGAAGACAGAGAGAGAGAGAGAGAGAAAGAGAGAGAGAAAGGCCCGAGAGGCAUUCACUUAUCCGGGCGUCAUGGGGAAACAGAACAGCAAGCUGCGGCCUGAGGUGCUUAAUGAUCUGCGUGAGAACACCGAGUUCAGUGAGCAUGAGCUGCAGGAGUGGUAUAAGGGCUUUCUGAAGGACUGCCCCACAGGUCACCUCACUGUGGACGAGUUCAAAAAAAUCUACGCAAAUUUUUUUCCAUAUGGAGAUGCUUCCAAAUUUGCUGAGCAUGUCUUCAGAACAUUCGACACUAACGGUGAUGGGACUAUAGACUUCAGAGAGUUCAUCAUCGCACUGAGUGUGACUUCACGAGGGAAGCUGGAGCAGAAGUUGAAGUGGGCCUUUAGUAUGUACGACCUGGAUGGCAAUGGGUACAUCAGCCGAGCAGAGAUGCUGGAAAUUGUACAGGCAAUCUAUAAGAUGGUUUCUUCUGUGAUGAAGAUGCCAGAGGAUGAGUCCACUCCCGAGAAGAGAACUGAUAAGAUUUUCAGACAGAUGGACACCAAUAAAGAUGGAAAGAUCUCUCUGGAAGAGUUCAUAAAAGGCGCCAGGAGCGACCCCUCGAUCGUCCGCCUCCUCCAGUGUGAUCCGAGCAGCGCCAGUCAGUUCUGAGAGGAACAACCACAGUGCACUCUAAUAGUGUUCACUCAAGUUAAUAGUGAACAUGGUAAGUGUUCGUGUUAAUGUAAGGGUGUGGUUAUUGUAGUCAUUGUUGCAUAUGCUAUUCGGUCAGUGGCAUUAAGGACCAGUUAUGAAAUGCGAAUCCUAAAUGGAGGCCAGUGAGCACAUGAAAACCUUAUUACCAGUCACUUAUCACUUGGUAUGGACUGGGAAUAUAGUGUUGUGUAUAUUUGGUAAUAUGUGUUUUAUAAGUGCAGGUUAUAAUGGAAAUAUUUAGUGGAAAGCAACACGGUAUGUCAGCCCUGAGACUUGGGCCCUCAAAACUAUUGCAUAAAAAUUAUGUUCUGUUAAUGGCCGUGGCAAAUUUGGAUCUCAUUAAGACUUAAAGAAACAUAUAGUAGGUGUAUGAAACCCAGAUGAUGCAUUAGUCGCAGUUGCAAAUUAUACUCCUAAGAAAAGAAACGCUGCAUGGAUAAAUAAUUGGACUAUUUAUUUCUAACAAAUGAAUAAGAAAGUUUAUUUAUACAAAGCUCUGUUCAGCUCCAAAGAUAAUAGAAUUUUUGUGGAUGAUAGCAUAAAGGUGGCGAGUUUAACAUUCAUGUUUACAAAGUCGACAUUACGCGAAUGGGCCUCUGAUGUUACAGUUGUGACAAUUCAGGCAGAUUGUCCGUACUAUUUCUAAAAUGACGACAUCGGAUUAAGUUAGAAUCGCUUACAAACCAAUGCAAGGCUAUGAAAAGGUACCGAUCUGCACUACAACAUUUGCUUUGUUAAUAAAAAUUUUAAAAAUAUACAUACAUGCUAAUUUAUCCUAACUGCAAAAACAUUAGUGAAGCAGUGAAAUGUAGAAUAAACAUCAAUGUAUAGUGACACAAGAAUUGUCGUAAACCAACACAUUUUACUGCUCUUGAUAUUUUAAAAUAUACUAACACAUAUCAAAAACAAUUACAAUAGCCUAAUAAUAGAUCAAUUUAGAGAUGUCGAGAAUUACUUUUUAAAUCCACUUAACCAGAACUAGACUAACACUAAUAUGAUCAUCACGUGUAAGCGUCAUGUACUGUAACACUAGAAAUUUAACAACACACUGAUUGUAGAUUUAACUUGGUCUUAGUUAUCAGCUAAUAUCAGCUAAGCUGAACAUGUGUAAAUCUAUGUCCCCUAAAUUUGGGGUGUCAGUGUUUCUUGUAUUUAAUUUCUGCUUGAGUGUUGAGGGUUACUUACAGUACAUAGGUGUUCAAAUCCAUGAGAAAAAUCUGGAAAUCUGAACUCUGGCAAAGGGGUGAUGUAUAAGACAAAAUGACACUUGGAAUUCCUAGAACUUUUAAUCUUCACCUGCAUGUACCUGCAUGUAUAAUUGCCUUGUGAAUAUGCAAAAUUGUGCAGGCAGGCAUUGAGCUGUUUGAAGGCUGCAAGUGAGCAACAAAACUGAUGCAAAACAAGACUGUCGACUCUCUUUAAAUGUAAUUUGUAUUUUAGUUGCAAAUGUGGCAUGAUUUUUCUAUGGAUUCAGCUCAGUGUCAUGUUCCACAAAUAACUGUCUUGCGAUUCACAAAUGAAUUUAAUAAUCCACAUAUUCAAAACUGAAAUCUUAUUCAUUAUAUAAAAUGCCUUGCAUACAUAUCAAUCCCUUACAACAAUUCAUUAAGAGUAAUUAGAUUAUAAAUUUUAUGAUCUCAAAAGGUUUUAUGGUAAUUUAUUUUCUUUUUAUUACUCAUUAUUGUAUGUAUUAUUUUGGGGAAUGUUUGUAUUGUGCAUGUUCAUAAAUUCUUGCUGAUUAUUAUAAAUAGUGGUUUUGUAGAAUAUGUUUUUUUUUACACAUUACUAAGUUUGCAAUGUGAAAUAAUCAGAACAGUUUUAUUUUAAGAUAUAAAAUUGCUGUUUUUCUUUGUAACUGUUUUAUAAAACAAUUUAUUAUGUUUAUGUUGCUAGCAUUUUGUUCACAUUAAUAGACUUUUGUUUGGAAGGUUUCUAGUUUUUUUUCAUGGAUAUUAAUCAGUAUGUAGUAGUGAUUGUUUUUUUUUUUUUAUAAAAGCAAUGAUUUGUUUAAUAGACACUUACUGUUGCAUGUAUUAUUGCAAUUUUUACCUAAAUAUUGUAACUGAUUUGAAAUAUUAAUAUUUUUUGGUCUAUGCCCUUACGGUUGCUAAUGGUGCAUUUUAGGACGCCACAAUGGAAUGUAGUGAAGCCCAAUGUGAAUGCGUUUCUGCUUUCUUGUUUCUCUACUUUUCUGAAUGUAAUAAUAAUCUGCCAUUCACAAAUUGCUGCAAUAUAACAGUGUGCCACAUAGUAUACCUCCUUUUAUUCCUGGAUAAAGCAUUUCCAUGAUGUAGAUUAUGCAUGUCCAACUUCAUCAUUUUCCAUUUCCCAUCACCAUAGAAACUGGCUUGAUUUGUAAAAUCUUGACUGAGAUAGUUAUGGAGAUGUGUCUGACCUCGUAACUGGCCUCUUCCCAAGCCUUGUAAAAACACACCAUCAGGAACAUGUCAAAUGAAGUGUUACUGGAAGUGUUAAGUAAACACUUCUAGUAAAAACAGAACCAGAAUGAAGGCAAAUCAAGUCCAAAUUUUAAAAAGGAACGUAGCAUUUUAAACCCCUUCAUGACAGUUAUGGCUUAAAACUAGUGAAUCUUGACAUUUUGUAUUCAAUGAUGUUGUUAUGGUUUUAACAGAUGUCUUAUAUGCCGUACAGAUGCCGUAUUUAUAAAAGGGAACUGAAACUAUUCUGUUACUAGACAAACUCUAGAUUGUUACUGUCAUCAUUCUUCUCUUGUUUUUAUUAAAAUCUUGUCCUUCCAUCCA